AUCAGUCAUGUAUAACCUCGUUCUCAUGUUCACUCUGUUCGUCUUUAUUCGUUUAAUAUCCCAGUUAGCAAAAUGUUAGCAGAUUGGCAUCAGAUUCAUCAGAAACCCACACCAUAGCCAUCUGCGUCCGCAUUUGGCUCUUGUUUGGGCAACAGAAGGCUUGUUUUCUGUUGCUACACUGGUGAACUAAAUUGGAGUAAGACAGGUAUAGGUUUUUCAUUCGAGCUUAUUGCACUAGUUCACCAGUGCAGCAAUAGAAAAACAAGCCUAGAGUCUGUAAAACACACGCUGUCGACAGAUUGUUGGUAGAAACCGAGCAGGUCCAGUUAUGUCAGUAGAUUUCAUUGUAUUUCUGCUGACAUACUGGCAACAUGUCGAAUAUAUCAGUUCCUGCAUGCAGUCUGUAGUCUUUCUGCCUUCAAAAUUUAUAGUGCGCAUUUGACGAAAUCUGUUAUGACAGAUUUGACUAUCUGGGAGGAGGAGAAGAGAGAAAUACCGUCGACGUUAAGAAAGCUCUUAGCGGUUGAUGCUUAUUUGACUAACGUGUUCGUUAACUGGGCGGAGCAGGUUUCACUUUUGAGACAACUAAAAGCAUACCACCGGGCCUUAGACAUAUCCUGCCAUAGCGUAGCGUGGCUAGUAACUGAUCUUAUGUUGAUCUGGGUUUUUAACAACUCAAAUUUAUAUCAGAUACAAGUUAAUCUUUUAAUAGGUCUGAUGCUUGAUAUUAUUUUAGUUGUUAUACUAAAAGCAAUAGCAAGAAGGAGACGACCUACAAUUGAUGGCAAUCUUGUUCCCGAGAAAGAUUCUUUUCCUUCCGGUCACUCGACUCGUACAGCAUUUAUCACAUAUUUUUUUAUUAAUCUAUGCCAUGUACCCGUAAUAUGUAUAGUAUUUUUGUUAGCAUGGUCCUUUUCGGUAUGCGUGUCUAGAUUGUUGGUGAGGAAACAAUAUAUAAUCGACAUUUUAGCAGGAAUAGUUUUUGGCAUAUUCCAAGGUUUGCUAGUAGGAUACGUAUACCUGGAGCAAGAGACUUGCGCGAGUUUAGUUUGGUGGAUUACAGAGGAAAAAAUAUCCGGAGCUGAAUACGAUGUUUGAAUAUAUUGUUAUUGCUUAUGCAAAAUAAAUAAUACACUUUGUUUUUGUUUUUAUCGAGGCUAUGGUUAUAAUAAUUUGCAAAAUAUGGAAUAAAUAUUUUUAAUAAAUGGAAAAUAUUUAAAUAUCACGAAUGAAGGCUGAAAUUUCGCCCAGGGAUAGUAAAAGAUUGGUUGAAACGUUUAUUGUUCCAUUUUAAAAAGUGGAGGUGACCUUCAUAUUUGUUUUGGCGCCUCCACCUAGAAAAAAAACCGGCCAAAAUACGUGCCUCUCGAAAUCCUAAACUUUUGGCUGAAACAUGUUUUUUUAUUUUGCCUUAGAUAUUUAGGCGUCGCUCAAUUUAUUCAAAAGUAAAUGAUAGACACGACAAGUCAAUUGAAAGGAAAGCAUUACAAAUAUUUUUUUUAUUAUAUAGCAAAAUCGUUUUGAAACGAGUAUUUUUUUUAACAUUGCCCUUCUUUAUUUCUUGUGCUCUUUAUUUCCUUCUUGAUUAACAAAAUCGUUCAUUUUUUUUUACAUAUCUGCAUUUCUCAAGUUCUUUUUUUCCAUAUUACCAGCACAUUUUAUAUGGUACCUAUUCUGUGAACAGAUUAUAUAAAAUUCUCGUAAUC